AUGGGGAUGACUGGUGCUGGAAAGUCUAGUUUCAUCGAGCAUUGUACUAAACCCCCAGAACGCCUUUCGAGCGAUGGGCUGUUCUCUUGCACCAGUCGUGUGUCGAUCCAUACCACAGUAGUUGGAGGACGUACUGUACAUCUCUUGGAUACACCUGGGUUCAAUGACAGUCGACAAUCUGAUGGCAAGGUACUGCAGGAAUUAGCGUAUUGGUUAACAGCUGCCCAUGAAAGAGACAUCAGACUUAGCGGCAUCAUCUAUCUCCAUUGUAUCACGAACAACCGUCUUCCGGGCACUGCCUUGCGAGCAUUAGAUACUUUCAAGAAGAUGUGUGGCACGGAAGCAUUCAAGGGAGUGAUCCUCGCAACAACGAUGUGGGACAUGGUUUCCGUGAGAGACCUAGCCAAGGCCGAAAAGAGACAUGAAGAGUUUUAUGAAAAGAUUCGCCAUGAUAUUAUCGAACACGGUGGUAAACUAGUCAGGCUAUCAGCUGUCGAGAUUGAUGCUGUGAAGAUCGUUCAUCAUAUCACUCAAAAGAAUCGAAGACUUACCCUGAGAUUCCAGCGGCAGUUAGUAGAUGAAAACCGGCUGAUAUAUGAGACGGAAGCUGGGCAGGUACUAUAUGAAGAUCUCAACAAACGCUACCAGUCAUUACAAAUCAUGGCAGAUGAGGCUCAUAGACGAAUGGAUGAGAUUGUUAGUACUGGACGAAGAGAGGCAUUGCGCGAACUUAGCGAAACCACAUCCGAGAUGGCUGGAGACAUCCGACUGGUUGAAGAAGACAUUGAGCGCACAAAAAUAGCGUUUGGAAGUAUUCGGGAAAAAUGGGAGAAAAUCAUCGAUCAAGAUGAUCAAACUCUCCUUCUGACUGCGCAGAAUCUCGAGCGACAAUUUGUGCGGGAGAAAGGUUACAAAGGAGAUGGAGAGAAAGCUACGACAACCAACAUGUAUACAUUGGCACCUCCAUUGAGUGAAACUUCGAGAACCUCCAGUACAGAGACAUUUUCUAGCCUCGCAUCCCAAGAAACUGUGGCACAAAGGCUCCACGAUCUUGAAAAAGAACGGCAAGCUCUUUCUAUACGAAUCGGACAAAGACUAAGCAGAAGAUACACAACUCAAACGCGAGAAGCAACAAGCAUAGGCGUUAUAGGCACCACUUUGGCAGCUGGCCAGCUCAUUGCUGCAUUGGCCUGUAUUGUAAUGUAA